GCUAAGUCUUCUCUCGUAGACCCUAAAUAAGAACAAGAAGAAGAAGAAGAUGGAAGAGGAAUUGAUCAAGAUGCAGAGGUCGUUGAUGGCGAGGAGGAAGGUGAGGCAGUACAAGAAAUCGGACGCUCCGCGGAUGCGAUGGACGGAGGAGCUCCACCGCAGCUUCGUCGCAGCAGUCGAGUUCCUCGGAGGUGAAACUAGAGCUACGCCAAAGAGAAUUUUGGAAGCCAUGGGCGUUAAAGGAAUAGGCAUGUCUCAAGUUAAAAGUCAUCUUCAGAUGUACAGGAGCGGGUCGAGCCUCCACAACGUCCACCAGCUGCUUCCUAAAGAGAAUCCUUGGAGACGACGACGACAGCUGCAACUGGAACUUCCUCCGCAAGAACUUAUCGCUUUCCCUCGCGCAAACCCAAAUCCUUCUCUGCUCCUCCGUAGAGCGCCAUUGGAAGCGUCGCUGAGAGAUGCCAAGAGCAUCACAGUGCCUGUGUCAAAUGCUAGCGGGCGUGGCCAGUGCUGGGGUUUGAGGAGCUAUGCAACGUCCGAGGGCGGGAACAAUGGAGCAGUAGUAGUGAAGCAGCACCAUGAGUUGAGUUUAGAAUUGACCAUCUCGUUGCCUUGCAGUUCCUAGCUGAUCAUCUGUUUGUAGAAUAUAUAGGACUCGUCGUAUAAAUUUCUACAGAAUUUUCUGUCCCCAAAACUUUCUGAGUGAUCCAGGGAGAUUUUGGGACGGAAACUUUUGUAAGGAUCAACCUAGCUAUAUGUGUGUACGCACUUGUGCAAUGUAU